AUGAGUCAGUUAGAGAAGAUUGCUGGGAGAACAUUUGAGGUAAACCGCAUCACCUUUUCAGAUGAUGAACUACCCAAAGAAGGUACAGGACAUAACCAAGGCCUACAUAUCACUGUAAAGUGUGAGCUUUCAUAUGUCACUCGAGUUCUAAUUGAUGGAGGAUCUGGAGCAAAUAUUUGUCCUUUAUCAACUCUACAGAAAUUGAAUAUUGGUGAGAUUGAGCUCGUACUAACCAUAGGGCCUGUGGAUUUCGCUGUGAAUUUUCAAGUGUUGGAUAUCAACGCCUCCUACAAUCUAUUGUUAGGGAGGCCAUGGGUGCAUAGGGCUGGAGCAGUUCCCUCAAUGUUGCAUCAAAUGAUUAAGUUUGAAUAUGACCGACAAGAGGUGAUUGUUCAUGGUGAGGGGGAUUUGUCAAUCUACAAAGACUCUUCCUCCCCUUUUAUCAAGGCGAAUAAUGAGAAUGAGGCACUGGUUUAUCAAGCUUUUGAGGUAGUGGUUAUUGAGCAUGUCCCCGAGGGGAGUGUCAUUUCAAAACCAAAUAUGCCCAUCGCGUCGGUAAUGGUGGUGAAUGAAUUGCUGAAACAUGGGUUUGAGCCGGGUAAAGGCUUAGGAAUUUGCUUGCAAGAGAGAGCUUAUCCAGUGAGUCUACGAAAGAGCAUCGAUGCUUUUGGCUUAGGCUACCAACCUAGAGUCGAGGACAAAAUGAAGGCAAAGAAGCAGAAGAGAGAUGUAUGGUCACUUACCAAGCCUAUACAACCAAUCUACAAAUCUUUCAUCAAAGCCCGCGCAACAGAAUCUUAUCAAUCAUCUUUUCCAGAGCCAGUGAUGAAAGUAAGCGAAGAAAUGAUCAACUAUUUUCAAGAUUUAUUUGUCGAGGUUGAUAUGGUGGAACUCGGAGAAGGCACUAGCGACAGAGAUGUGCAAUUCAUUGGUCCUGAUGUCAAUCUAAACAAUUGGGAGGCCACCCCUCUCCCCGUUAAAGACGAGUCUUGUUCUUUCUAUGCCGAUUCUAGUGAUAUGACAUGCAUGCAGAAUUUUUCGCCAGAUCUUAAUAUCCAAUCUAAUCUUCGACCUAAUAUUGAAAUAAUAAGUCAAGAAAUCGAAUAUGAUGAAGACAGAGUAUUUGAAGAAGUAAGGAGGGAUUUCAAUCAUUUUGAAAAUAAGUCAAAUCCAAACAUGAGUGAAACUGAGACGAUAAAUUUGGGGGAUCAGGAAAUUAUUAAGGAGACUAAGAUAAGUGUACAUGUUCGACAUCAAAAGGACGAUAUAAUCCAGGCCCUGUUUGAUUACAAAGAUGUUUUUGCGUCAUCUUAUGAUGACAUGCCUGGAUUAAGCACUGACAUGGUUGUUCACAAGUUGCCAAUUGAUCCUAAUUUUCCUCCGAUAAAGCAGAAGUUGAGAAAACUCAAAACCGACAUGAGUGUAAUAAUUAAAGAGGAGAUCACAAAACAACUUGAGGCCAAAGUCAUUCAAGUCUCUCAAUAUCCUUCUUGGUUAGCCAAUAUCGUACCCGUCCCUAAGAAAGACGGCAAAGUUCGAAUGUGUGUUGAUUAUCGUGAUUUGAAUAAGGCAAGUCCAAAAGAUGAUUUUCCUUUGCCUAACAUCCAUAUUUUAUUGGAUAAUUGUGCUAAACAUGAGGUUGCAUCUUUUGUGGAUUGUUAUGCGGGCUACCAUCAGAUUAUUAUGGAUGAUGAAGAUGCAGAAAAAACAUCUUUUAUCACUCCAUGGGGUACAUAUUGUUAUCGUGUUAUGCCUUUUGGAUUAAAAAAUGCAGGGGCAACUUAUAUGAGAGCAAUGACAACCAUGUUUCACGAUAUGAUGCAUAGAGAAAUCGAAGUUUAUGUGGAUGAUGUUAUCAUUAAAUCUAAAAAACAGUCAAAUCAUGUGAAAGACUUAAGGAGAUUCUUCGAAAGGCUCCGCAGGUAUAAUCUCAAGCUUAAUCCUGCAAAAUGUGUAUUUGGAGUACCAUCGGGGAAGCUUUUGGGGUUUAUAGUCAGUCGAAGAGGUAUCGAGUUGGAUCCUUCAAAAAUAAAAGCAAUUCAAGAAUUGCCACCUCCAAAGAACAAAACUGAGGUUAUGAGCCUUCUAGGAAGGUUAAACUACAUCAGCAGAUUCAUUGCUCAACUCACAACAACUUGUGAGCCUAUCUUUAAGUUGUUGAAAAAGAAUGCCACAGUCGAGUGGACCGAAGAAUGUCGAGAAGCUUUUGAAAGAAUUAAGAAUUACCUAUCGAAUCCCCCUGUGUUGGUUCCUCCCGAGCCGGGAAGACCUUUGAUAUUGUAUAUAUCAGUACUGGAUAAUUCUUUUGGUUGUCUACUGGGUCAGCAUGAUGACACUGGAAAGAAAGAGCGGGCCAUUUAUUACCUCAGCAAGAAGUUUACCGUUUACGAAGCGAAGUACACCCUUCUUGAAAGAACGUGUUGUGCCCUAACUUGGGUAGCACAGAAGUUGAAACAUUAUCUUUCAUCUUACACUACUUAUCUCAUCUCUCGUAUGGAUCCGUUGAAAUAUAUUUUUCAAAAGCCCAUGCCCACAGGCAGGCUUGCGAAAUGGCAAAUAUUGCUCACAGAGUUUGACAUUAUCUAUAUAACGCGGACCGCAAUGAAAGCUCAAGCAUUGGCAGAUCAUUUGGCAGAGAACCCUAUUGAUGAAGAAUAUGAACCACUUAAAACCUAUUUUCCAGAUGAAGAGAUAUCUUGUAUCGAUGAAGUUAUUCACGAUAACGAUCAAGGUUGGAAGUUAUUCUUUGAUGGUGCCUCUAACAGGAAAGGAGUUGGAAUAGGAGCUGUUCUUAUGUCUGAAUCAGGGGAAUAUUACCCUAUAUCAGCCCAACUUAGAUUCUAUUGUACUAAUAAUAUGUCUGAGUAUGAAGCGUGCAUUUUGGGUCUGAGGUUAGCUGUUGACAUGGGCAUCCAAGAAUUGUUAGUGUUAGGAGACUCAGACUUACUAGUUCAUCAAAUUCAAGGAGAAUGGGAAACUCGAGACCCAAAGCUCAUACCAUAUCAACAUUGUUUACAAGGUCUUUGUCAACAAUUCGUGUCGAUAAAGUUUAGACACAUUCCCAGAGUGCACAAUGAGAUUGCAGAUGCAUUGGCCACUUUAUCUUCGAUGCUCCAACACCCUGAUGACGCUCAUAUCGACCCUUUAUACAUACAAAUUCGUGAUCAACAUGCUUAUUGCAACAUGAUUGAGGAGGAAUUUGAUGGUAAGCCUUGGUUUCAUGAUAUCAAAACAUAUCUUCAGUCUGGAGAAUGUCCGUCGGAUGUAACUAGUAAUCAAAAAAGGACUAUUCGACGACUAGCAAGGGGUUUUUUCUUAAGCGGAGGCAUACUGUACAAGAAGACACCCGAUUUAGGUCUUCUAAGGUGUGUAAAUGCUCAAGAGGCUUCCACAAUCAUGAUUGAAGUACACUCAGGAGUUUGUGGACCUCAUAUGAAUGGAUAUGUUCUAGCCAAGAAGAUACUUCGAGCAGGAUAUUAUUGGCUCACCAUGGAGCAGGAUUCCAUACGAUUUGUUCGUAAAUGUCAUGAAUGUCAAAUACACGGUGAUUUGAUACAUUCUCCCCCUUCUGAGUUGCAUGCAAUGUCUGCUCCAUGGCCUUUCGUGGCAUGGGGAAUGGAUGUGAUUGACCGAUAA